AUGGAGCUGCAGACUGCCAAUGUGCGGCGCUUCAUGGAGACCACGUUACAGGAGCAGGUGCAACGGAACCGAACUCAAAACGAGCUGGGUAUUCGCAUCUACGACGAGGUCGAGCUGAUGGUGGAAAAGUCUGCAGAGGAGCAAGCUCUGGAAAGUAGAUACAUCGAUACAGUCUUGGUCACAUACUGCAUCCCGAACUCCGAGCUCAAGUACAACCUUAGCUUCCGCGUGGUCGCUGCCCCAGUUCAGCACUUCGAGCUGCAAGUGGGGACUCCAAAGACUGAAGUGCCAGACGCCACAGCUCUGAGGUACUGGGGCCUCUCGGAGGUGGAUUUCAUCCUGAAGACCAUGAGCAAUGCGAAGGAUGCUCACUUUAGUUUGGUGCAGAAGACGCCGCUGGGUGCAGAGCGCACCCAACAGAACUUCAUCCGGCAGUGCCCCGGCGUCUCUCAAGUGACUUCGGCUGUGCAGGCCAUAGCAGGAGACACCAAGGGGGCAGCGGAAACACAGAAACAGUUCGGAGGGGCCAUGUUCAGUUUGGCGGACGGCAUUCCGAUAGUUGGCCACAUCAAGGGUGGCAUCCACUACGCCUGUGGCGACGAUGAGGGUGGAGAGAGAGCCAUGAAGGGAGCCUCCCGGACAGUUGGUGCAAUUGGUGGCGGCGCGGGUGGAUUUUUGGUGGGUGGCCCGGUGGGUGCCGUUGCUGGCGGCAUAGCCGGCGGUGCAGCAGUGGAUGGAAUCACCACAGGCGUGGAUUCUGCCAUCAAGGGCGAAUUCCGACCCAGUGGCGUGGUGGAGUCUGUGAAGAACAUGGCAGAUGGAAAGGCAGACGCCGGGGACAUCUUCGACUUUGGGGCAGGGCUUGCCAUGGACGGUGCGGCUGGCUAUGCAGGUGGCAAGCUGGCACAGAAGGCGACGGCUGCCAGGGUGUAUCGCACGAUGCCCGAAGAAGUCGGCAAGCAGGCAGUCAAGAGUGGCGAGCUUCCUGCCGGCCACAACCAAGGAGGGCCUAUGGGCGAGACGUGGGUCAGCGAGAGUGCUAAGCACCAGAAGCCUUACUUGGAGGCGAAGCGGAUCCAGCAGGCCGAGCUGAACAUGAAAGCCUACCAGGUGGAGACGAGUGCGAAGGGCCUGAAGAACCUGAAAUCUGAGGCCCUGCCUCAGCAGGGCUCGGGGAGACUCAACCGAAACUUGGUGGAAGCCGGCGAGCGUCCCAAGAAUGUGACCAAUGCCGAGCAGAUUCGCGGGCACCCCAAAGGCAAGCAGAACAUCGGCAUCAAGGGCCAGGAGAAUCUCUCGGACUUCAAUAAGACUGUCCGAAAGAUCAAGGAGGUGGACCCCAAUGUUCUGACAGAGCAUGGCCCUCUGAGGAAGGCUGCGGGGCGUUUCGGGAAGCCCGCUGGCAUGGCAGCUGCUGCAGGAGCAAUCGAAGGCUCCGUUCGAGAAUCGAAAUGCCUUUGUGCAGCCCGCAAGAGGAAGAACACGUCCAUGAUGGACAGGGAGUUGACCAACAUCUUGCCCAAAGCAGGUCGGAAGGCACGACGAGGAGGUGCCAACAAGUCCAGCCACGAUGCCGGCAAGGGCGAGGGCGCUGCAGCAGGAGGCUCGAGCGGAGAACUCGCCGAGCAGAUGAUGUUUCUUCCUGGCCUUUUUGCGUUCAUGACGCAGCGUGACAGGAACGUGAAGCAGCACUUGCAGCGCAUGAAGCUGCGAAAUUUUUUCAUCUAUCUUACUGUUCUCGUCUUGGCGGUCUACGACAUCUAUCUGAUGCAGCCGUCCGGAGUGAACUACUUAUGCCGUGAAGGAGCUGUGCUCCCUCUCACCUCUGGUGAUGUGCAUACCGUAGACUUCGAAGACAUCCGAACACCGAGUUCUGUUUGGGCAUGGUUGACGGACACCGUGGCGGUCGAGCUGUUUACACCAGACUCUCUGCUGCGCAGCGGAAAUUAUGCUGUUGGAUACCUCCAGGUUCUCGUUCAAAACGUCCAGCCGUCAACAGCUGCACAGUGCCCUCAGGAGGAUACAUCCUUCGCUCUGCCUCCCAAUGUCUCGUGUUAUGCCAUGGCGUACACGGACGACACAGCGGCGACAGGAAGCCUCGCAGAAGUUUACACCUACUUCCAGGGCAAGAUUGGCUUGGACGGUCGCUCCCAUCAGAUCAGCCCAUGGCAGUGGGGUCCGUCGCGCAUGGCUUCGCCCAGAGGAGAAGCAUCCACACAGAUGACAUUCUCUGCUGUGGAUGGUUCGGGAUACAGUGUCGAGUACAGCUUGCAGCACCCGUCUGCAGACACGGUUCGACAGGCUUUCCUAGAAGAUGUUGCCUUCUUGGCCCGAGAGAGUUGGCUGGACACGCAAACCAGGGCGGUCCAUGUGCAGUUCACGCUGUACAACCCCAACUACGACCUUUGGAUUCCGAGCAGGUACUCCUUCGAGAUGACCGGCUUCGGCACAGUCACGCCGAAGAUCGACGUCUCCACCUUCAGGCCCGGCAUGAUUGAGUACGGCAGCGGCUUUGCGCAACUUCUCUCGGACAUCAUCAGGGCCCUCUUCGUGCUCUACAUCUGUCUUUUCCAGGUCUAUUGGGACUUCAUGUACGAGCGGAGGGUCAACGGCGCUGGGUGGAAGCACUUCUUUACCAUUCAGGGCGCAGUGGACCUCAGCAUCGGGAGCGUGUUCUUCGCCAUGCUUGGCCUGCGCUGCUUGGCUUCGAGGGUCGGGUCGGUUAGCUAUUUGGCCGACCAUUCCAACGGUGUCCUUGACGCGACGGAGCUUUCCCAAACUUACAACCAGCACCUUGCUCUGGAUGCUGCGAUGGCGGCUUUGGUUCUUUACCGCGCCCUCUACUUCCUGAAGGUGAACCGCCACGUCUUCAUCAUCUGGACCUCAGUGGCACGGGCCACGAUGAUCGCAUUGAGGCUGCUGGUGGUGUUUGCACCGAUCCUCGGAGCACUUACGGUGCUGAGCAUGGGGGUGUCCUCGAACUUCGACCAGUACGCCAGGACUUUUGGAUCGGCCCUGACGCAGAACCUGCUCAUGAUCUUCGGGGAUGACGAGACGAUCAAGGCCUGCGCCGCAACGCCGAUGCUCUUUGCGAAAGACGGCUUGUUGAUGACCGACAACUGCCAACGGCAAACACACAACAAGGACAACCAGAAGCACAGCGACCACCACCCCAGCCACAACCGCAUCCGUAGCCAUGAUGUUGCUGAAAUACCUGAUUGCAGAAGCCAUGUUCGGGAAUCAGGUGAUGCAUUGGAUAAUACUGAUGCCUUGUGGCCUCAUAAACGCCCAAAUUCUUUUUUUCUGGAGAAGCUGGCGGUUUGGACUCAUUAG